AUGAAGUCUGUCACUGUGUGGGUGUGCGUUUACAGCUUUCUUCUGCUCCUAGAUAAAGCAGCAAGUUCCUGGGAUGGUCCCUCACCUUUGCCUGUGUCCGUGUCUAACAGUGCUCCCGGAUCUCCAGGCACUGAGUCUGGGCCCGGAGCUCAGACAGAAUGGGUGGACUGCAUCCAGGCAAGUGACAUGUGCAACCAGAACCCUCACUGCAGCUCUCGGUACCGGGUGAUGCGCCAGUGCCUUGUGGGCAAGGAGAAGGAAGCCAUGCUGGACAACAACAGGGAGUGCCAGGCUGCCUUGGAAGUGCUUCUAGUUAGUCCUUUGUAUUACUGUCGCUGCAAGAGGGGCAUGAAGAAGGAGCUACAGUGUCUGCAGAACUACUGGUCCAUCCACAUGGGACUGACUGAAGGUGGUGACAUUGAUGACUCAUCCCCGUAUGAACCUGUGGCACCCAACCGACACCCUGACGCGUUCCGCUUGGCUUCCAUCUCCUCGGGCAUGACAGGGAUGCUCACAGUGGCUCCAAAAGGUUUCCACUGUGCCGACACAGAGAGAACCUGCAAUCCCUGUCUUGAUGCGGCCAAAGCCUGCAACCUCAACGGUACCUGCAAGAGGCACCGCUCCUCCUAUAUCGCUACCUGUAGCAAGGAGGACACCAACAAGGGCGAAGUCUGCAGCAAGAAACGCUGCCAUAAAGCACUGAGGUUAUUCCUGGACCGUGUGCCCACUGAGUUCAGCCACCGGCUGCUCUUCUGCCCCUGCCAGAGUGAGGGCUGCGCUGAACGACGCAGGCAGACUAUCGUGCCUGAUUGCUCCUACAAAGAUAAGGAAAAACCCAAUUGUCUGGAGCUGCGGAGGGUCUGCCGCCAGGACUCUCUCUGCAGGUCUAGGCUGGCGGAUUUCAUUGUAAACUGCCGGAGCUACCCGCCCACAGUGAGCACCUGUCCCAACCAAGACAAUCACCAAGCCUGCUUGGCCUCCUACACGAGGCUCAUCGGGACGGACAUGACUCCCAACUAUGUCGACAGCAGUUUCUCCAACUGGACCGUCUCCCCGUGGUGCACCUGUAAGGGCAGCGGAAACCAAGAAGAGGAAUGUAUGAAAUUCCUGCAGAGCUUCACCGAUAACACAUGCCUAAGAAAUGCCAUCCAGGCCUUUGGUUAUGGGAUAGACUACAUGCAGAACAAAAAUGUGUCUGUCCCAGGCCCCUCAGUGACGACGAAGACAGGGUUGGAUAGGUCGACAGGCACCUCAGAACCUCCCUUUGUCAUCAUUGAGAAGUAUCGUGAACCGAGUGGUGGCUCAAACAAACCCCAGGGCCUGCCAGAGGAUCACUCCGCCUGUCUGUGUGCCAACGUCUGGGCUCUGCUUCCCGGCCUGGCUUUGGCUCUGGUCCUGGCUCAGCAUGCCUUAUAGAAGCGCCAGGAGGAGAAAAAAGAGGUCAUCCACCCACAAGCUGAUCCCAAAAGCAGAAGGUGUUAUUUCUGAGACUGAUAUUAAGAAGGCUGAAUCUCUGGGCAGUUGACAUAAAUGGCAUUUAUGAAAGAGGAAAAACAAAAGGAGGAAAGAGGCGGAAAAUAUUUAAAUGUUACAACUGUGAAUUUGUUGUUCAUUUAAUGUAAUUUUAGGACGGAUCACAACUGUGAUGGAGCACAUGGCUUUAAAAAAAGACCCUUGUUGUGAGAUGCCACGAAGGCCAUUCUUUGGGAAUGAUUCUCCCUCUGACUGAGACACAAAAAACCUGGAGGGUUUCUAUACUUUUCGCACCAAAAGGAGGGUGACAGGGAAUGAACAACAUAAUUAAAAGAAGACAGGAUUGACAUAAAAAGAAAUUGUUUCAGAGGGAAAAGAAACGAGCAAGAGGUAAAUGGGGUAGAGUGAGAGCGAAAAAGGAGAGAGAGAGAGAGAGAGAGACAUAUUUCUGAUAUCAGUCACACUUUUUUUUUUGUCUUGAAUUGAUUCUUGACUUAAUCUUCUCUUGGAUGAAGAGACCACAAAUUUAGGGGCGGGGAUGGGGGAUGAUUACAUUCUGUCUCUUCAACACUAGUGUAAACUCUAAACUGUAAAGCCUACUCAGUGUUCUAAGUGUUGGUAUAGUAUCUGUGACCAUAAUCAAUCUACCGUACAGCUCUUUCAUUUGGGUGCUACAGUAUACUUUUUUGGCAGACAGCAAAAUUAAUUGAAGACGGCGAUGAUGCAAGUUAAUGAUUCUUUGGUGAUUUGAGAUGUUGUUGUUAAUGACUGUAGGUGUGCGCCAUACAUCCACCUGCACAUGUGUAUAUUCUGUCUCUAUGUAUAUAAACAUCACUUUUCUUUCAUUCAACCUAAUGAUAUCUACAGUACCUUGAAUGGACAUUACUCCAAACUUAUGAUGAUUGCUGUAUUGAGUAUGAAAAAAGAUUUGGUACUAAUGGAAGGCCUUCAUUAUCUGCGUUUAUAUUUGUCUAUAAAGGUUUGAUGACAACGAAUGUAUACAGGGAUGAGAUUAAACAAGCUCUAGCUGCUUGGAAAGUCAUUACCUGUG